UUUUGUUUUGAUUUAAGUUUCCACGAGUUUCAAUCCAAAUUCACGCAAAACAUGAAGAUAAAUCGAACGAAACGUGCUCAAAAACAUUUGGCAUUCUUCUGCAACAACUUUGGCUUUCGAGAACCUUAUCAAAUCCUCAUCGAUGGAACAUUUUGCUUUAAUGCGAUAAAGAACAACAUUCAAAUCGUUCAACAACUGAAAAAGUAUCUACAAACGGAAAUUAAACCUCUGACGACUGCUUGUUGCAUCAUCGAAUCCGAACAGCUCGGCAACAAAUUCCAAACUACGACAAAACUUUUGAAAGACUUCAAGAUUCAUCAAUGUGGACAUGAGAAAAAUCCGAUUCCCGGUUCAAAAUGUUUCAAAUCAAUGGCAAAGAAGAGUCAUUACAUUAUCGCCACGCAAGACAGAGACUUACAGGAUUGGAUAAGACUUCAAGCAGGGAUUCCGUUGAUUUAUUUGCAUCAAGUAGCGCCAAUUUUGGAAGGUCCGUCAGAGAGAUCGUUGAAAAAAGUGGAUAAAGUAACGGAAAAAGUUAUAAAUGUGUCCAAAAUUCAAGAAGAACGACUAAACUUUUACAAGAAAAAGGAAGGUUUGAUCAAGGAAGAGACAAAAACGCCACCAAAGAAGCGAAAAGUCAAAGGAGGACCAAAUCCGUUGUCGUGCAAGAAGAAAAAGACACCCAAAGGCACUGAAGAACACACAAAAAAUCCUGUCAAAAAUGGAAAAGUUGAAAAGAAGCCUCGAAAACGUAUUAAAAUUCCGAAACACGUGAAAGAACUUCUCACAAAUAAUUCGGAAUAAACUUUGAAAUUUAUUUAUAAUUUUAA